GCUUUCAGAGUCGGCUUCUUAGCUAUCCCGAAUACUUUACAUCCCUCUAAUAUGUUAUUCUCGGUAUAAUGAGACCACACAGCUCUCCAGACACGCAACGCCUUUCCCACGACGGCGCUGAGUCUUCCAAACGAAGUCACGCGAACCUUGUUCGACUCUGGAUCUGGGCUAGUUCAACACCACCUUUACAUCCUCUUGGGAGAGGGAGAGAGUGUGUAUAUAACACCUCAACCCAGCUUCUAGUGUUACAGUUUAAAAUGGCUAGGCCGCAUACUGUACCCUAGGUAGUUGCUGCCGCGCGGUUGCGCCCAGCUUAUGCCAGGCACCCUAUCUGUCUACGUUGUCUGCCGAUCCUGAAAUCCAUCCGAUUUAGUUCUGGGUGUAUCCCCAUUCGUCUGCCCGCCCUCAAGUUUUGAACUUCAUGAAACGAGCGAAGUAAGCAUCUCCUGUGCCAGAUGGACUGCACGCCCAACGCAAAUCAGUCUUUUGGGCCACGCAUGGAGCCCGGCUGCCGGUCCUUCGACCUCCCCUCGCUUUUCGAGAACCUCGUCUUUGCUUGUUUACCUGCCGCACUUUUCAUCGCACUCUCGCCAUGGAGCUUCGUCAAACUGCUCCGAAGACCAGCCCUUUUCUCGCUUCGCAUCGAUAACGUGGAUACCUCAGCCCUGAGACGCAGCGACCUCCGUCAUAUUACCAAUGUAGUGCCACAGGAUCCUCUCUGGAUACCGGGAACGAUACGCGCAAACGUAGAUCCUUUUCAUGUCGCUCCGGACGAAGCAAUCUUUGCAGCCAUUGUAAGAGUAGGACUUGGAUCUCUCCUCGAGGCCCAUGGCACAGACAAGGUAAUUGAUGUUGCCGUGCUCUCUACUGGCCAGAAGCAGCUCCUUUGUUUCGCAAGGGCCAUGAUUAAGACAUCCAAGAUAUUGGUGCUCGACGAGGCCAUGAGCAGGUAAGGACUGUCGUACCCUCCCGAGGAGCGGAGCAAGUUGACUGACAGCUUGUAGCGUGGAUGCCGAAACCGAAGCGAUCAUGCAGGACAUCAUCGACACUGAGUUCAAGGACUGUACAGUGAUAGCUGUAAUGCACAGGCUGCAGCACGUGGCGCGCUACGUCAAGGUGGCACUAAUGGAGAACGGUGUGCUGCUCGAGUUUGAUGGGCCUGGGGUGCUG